GCCACAGCUGCCCUCACUCCAGCUCCGUAAGUGCUGUUUCUUCCUCCUGGGGUUUUUCCACUGCCCUAUCAAGUAACCAGGCCACUCCUGUCCCUCUGGGAAACUCCGGUCGCCAGGAACUCCCAUCUCUCAGCUCUCCUGGACAGGAGUGCCCACAUCCCGGGACCUCGGUUCACCAUUCAUGAUGCUGGCUUGAAGGUCUGUGCUGAGCAGAAACCUGGAGGCCCCCGCUUCUGCCCACAAGGGCUGCCUCCCUGAUUCUUGCCCAUCACUGCUCCAGUAGGACCAGAUGGUCCCUAGCUGCCCUUGAUCCAAGCUUCUGAGAUACCAGACUUGUCUGCUGGCUCCCUGGGGCCCAAUGGAAACCUGGCGGAAAGGCUCCUUCCGCAAUGCCUCCUUCUUUAAGAGGCUGAGCCUGGGGCGGCCACGGCGACUCCGGCGACAGGGCAGCGUGCUCAGCCAGGCCAGCACGGCUGGCGGGGACCAUGAGGAGUACAGUAACCGAGAGGUCAUCCGGGAGCUGCGGGGGAGGCCAGACGGCCGGCGCCUGCCACUGUGGGGGGAUGAGCAGCCCCGGGCUACCCUGCUGGCCCCACCCAAGCCCCCGCGCCUCUACCGAGAAAGUUCUAGCUGCCCCAACAUCCUGGAGCCCUCGUCUUCCUACACCGCUGCCUACUCAGCGGCCCUGCCCUCGGCACUCUCCCUGGCGGACACCCUCCACCAGUACUCUGAGGAGGGCCUUUUGGACACACCUCCCUUCCAGAGGACACCUGCUCCGGACCUCAGUGAUCCCUUCUUCUCCUUCAAAGUGGACCUGGGGAUUUCACUUCUUGAGGAAGUUCUACAGAUACUGAGGGAGCAGUUUCCCAGUGAGCUCAGCUUCUGAAUGGGGAGAGGGUGGGCAGAGGUGGGGAGACUGGAAGAGCCACAAACCUGGGGACCCAUAGGAGGGGCAGUCAUGGUUUAAGAAAAAGGCAGAGAAGGAAUCCAGGGCCCUACCUGCCCUCUGGGUCCUGAACAGUCCUCUGAGUCAUCCCAGACUGGAGGGACAGAGGUACAGAGGCAAGCUGCAAAUGUGCAGGGGCACCUGCUAGCAGGAGCCCUGAGGGCAGCUAGCUCAGUGGGGAAAUGGAGGCCAUGCCUGCAACCACCAGGAGCAGGUGAAGGCCAGCAGAGGGGGCGGGUGGCAUAAGGGGAGAGUCUGGGAGUGGACGACACACAGACUGGGCACAACAAAUAGAUGCCCUGUGCCAGCUCCCUGUUAAGCCACUGUCAACAGAGAGCGGCUACAGGACAGGUCUGGGCAAAAGUGGUCUAAUCCAGGCUGAAGAGGAACGUGGGAGACCCAAGGGGAGAGGGAUGAGACAGGUGUGACCUUGUCUAAUAUGACAGCUAUUUAAAUUUAAACUAAUUUAAAUUAAAUAGGAUUACAAAUUCAGCCCUCAGUCACACCAGCCACAUUUCAAAUGCUCAGUAGCCACAUAUGACUAACGGCUGCCACACUGGAAUGCGCAGAAUGACCAUGAACAUCAUUAGAGAAAGUUCUGUUGGGCAGCACUGGCCUUGACCAUGGCUUGGGAAGGGGGAAGCAUAUGGGGCCUGCAAAAGAAGGGAGGGGCUGUCAGAGUAGUUAGAGUGAGGCAGGCAGAGUCACAGAGUAUAACUCAGGAAAAAGGCCAAACAAAUCAUUAGCAGAAAAGGAGGCACAUGAGACUCAAAGUGCCAGCACAGCUGCCUGGGCACUCCCUGGUGCCGAAGGAAGGUGGCUCUAGGGAAUGCCAGGCACAGGCACAGACACAGCUUGCGAAGCGGUGCUCUGGGGAAUUUCCAGAAUUAUUAGUGAUGUGGGCCCUUGGGAAAUGCAGCAAAAACAGUGGCAGAUUUCCCUCAUUCCCUCACCCAUGAGAAUACGGGAGGACUGGAUCAGGGGACAGACAUGAAAUCGUGGCUGUUACGGUGAAGAGGCACAGCUGGUCUCCAGAAUCCUCGCUAGGACUGAGGAGCUCUGCCUUGCUCAAAAUCUCUGAUGACGGGGACUAUGGCCCCAUCCUGCAGUCUGGUCAGAAGACUUGGAGACAGAGCCAAGUUGGCCAUGUGGUUCUGAUGCCCCAGGCCUUUCCAGGUGUGGGAGAGGGAGAGACGGAAGCCUGGACACAUACUGCUUCUACAGCCCAAACUUUGUGGCCUCCCCCUGCCCUCCUAAUGUGUGGAUGUUCCAAGCUGAAAACUCCCCUGUGGGUGCAGAUGAUGAAUAAAGUUCUUUACAACACAGCC